AAAGCCCAACCAAUCAUCUGACAGGGAGGGAAGAGGCGAAGCACCACCGACUUCCCAAGAUGCUGGCACUAAUAAACCGGCUUUUAGACUGGUUCAAGUCUUUAUUUUGGAAGGAAGAGAUGGAGCUGACCCUGGUCGGCCUCCAGUAUUCGGGAAAAACGACGUUCGUCAACGUAAUUGCCUCUGACGAAACCCUAAUUGGAGUGAUGGUUGAUGAGAUGAAGAGGCUGCUGAGGAAGCUGAUGUCCAAAUUUGUGCAAAUGGACGUGAUCAAGAAAGCUGAGGAUAUCCUAGAUGUUGAUUACAGGAACAAGGAGAACUGGCAUGACACAGGCAACAUAGCAGUAUCACAUGAUGCCAGACAAUACAUGGAGCAAGUUGAUGCCACCAAAAAGAGGUUCUUUGACAGUGUAGUUAAUUUUUACACAAGUGUUGUGACCAAAAUGAACUUGAAAAAAAAUGGUUGCAUUUUGUCUUAGCGAUUGUCGCGCGCGCGCGUCAUCGGGGUUGGCAAACAGAAAUCUCCCUAUUUGCAAUUUCUACAACUUAACAGGUAUGCAUCUUUCGUGGCAUGCCAGACCCACUUAGAGUGUUUGUUGCCAUAAAGCUCACUCUUGGUCUCAUAUGACCAAAGCACACGGUCCUAGUUGAAGCCCCAAAUACCGCUUGGCAAAUUCUCUUUUUUUCCCAUUAAGAUCCCAUA